CUGCCCAUAGAUGUUUUUCUUUUGUUAUUCAUGAGUUAGUGCGAAGCAAACAAAGUUUCUAAUCGUUCUUUUAUAUUUGUCGCUUACGCAAGUUUGGAAGGCGUACAAUGACACGUGACACAAACAUUAUAUAAGGCCAUCUCUGCGUGGAAGAGAUUCAUACAUACGCAAGAGACUCCAGAUGCCUGACAAUAUAUCGGAGUAGUACAUUGUAACUCAAUUUUUCUUCUUCGAGAAUUUGGUACUGGCUAUACCCAUAACUAUGGCUCACCUCAUCCAGAGUGUACUCGUCCUAGUGGUCCUCGCUCAUGCUACCCAAGCGUGUGUCAGGGGGUUCGGGGGAGGAGCGACUUAUGACGGACCUGGUUUCUGCAAUGGUCUUCAGUGCCCCAACUAUAGAAGCGUCAUAACUGUUCCUGGUAAAUAUGAGCAGCGGGUAUAUGAACCAGCCAAGUGGGUCGCUACCACGGUAAUGGGUCUUUCACACGAUGAUGCCGCCGGUACUGGCUUCAUGAGGCUUUUUAAUUACAUCCAGGGCGAAAAUGUCGAGGAGAUGGAGGUGGAGAUGACUGCCCCUGUAGCGGUGCGGACAAUCCCUGGACAAGGGCCAGCCUGUGAGACCAAUUUCACCGUCUACUUCUUUGUCCCCUUCAAGUACCAGGAUGAAUCGAACCCCCCGCCCACCCCCACCAACACUGAUGUGUCUAUUGUUGACUUCCCCGAGCUGACAGUCUACGUAGGCGAAUUUGAUGGGAGGGCCCACGAUCAGGACUGGAUUACGCACGAAACAGAAUUGGGAGACGCUCUGACCGAGCUUGGAAUAGCCUUCGAGGAAUCGAUGUACUAUACCGCCGGAUACGACAGUCCUUUCAAACUAUGGCACCGGCACAAUGAGGUCUGGCUUCUCCCCAAGAAGUCAGAAGAUUCAUCAGAUACAAAUGCAAUUGAGUCUUAAGUAUUUUUUUUUAAAGAUGAUAUUGAAACAAUAGGCCUAGAAAUUACCGAUUCGACACGAUGCGUCAUUUUCCUAACGUAGGACUGCAUCAUUUUUCUAUAACGUAGGAUUGCGUCAUUUUUCUAACGUAGGACUGCGUCAUUUUCCUAACGUAUGCUUGCGUCAGCGUCAUAAUGCCCCAUGUGAGGUUGACAACAUAGGCCUACUGAGGGGAAAAAAGGAUUGCAGAACAAUGCACACGUUGAAUGGAAUAACUGCUUGGCGUAUGGGCCAAUAGUGUUCAAAUGCUUAAUCAGCACAAGUAAUAACGUAGUCGCCUUGUUUGGCAACGGACUUUGCGCUAUUGAACAUGAUGAACAUACCCGAAAUGCCAUAAUAAUUUUAUUCGACAAGGAGCCUUCAACAUAAAAUAUAUGUUUAAAAACAAAUCCAAACCGUGUGAAGAUAUCAAUUUAAAAGAAUUUUCAGGUUUGCUUUUCCAAAUAUAGUUUUUGAAUUUAUGUGUUGCGAUUAUUAUGCGUAUCGUUGUGUUAUGUUGCUCACCUUCGCCAACAUUUAGAUGAUUAAGGUGGCUCUUAAAAUUCAGUGUCAAAAUUGACAAUCAUUUAGGCUCCAAACACGUAGCUGUAAAGACCAAAUACAUUCAUUUACCGGUAUCUUUUUUGCUUGUAUUUAAUGGAUAUUUUCAGUUGGAAUUACGACAUCAAUGUGCCUUGUAAUAAAUCUUUUUGUAAUUGAUA